AGAUGGCGGCCCCCAUAGUGCGGCGCGGGGUCCUCCUGGCGAGGAAAGUGGCUCUGCCUCAGUUCUCCCCGACAGGUAAAAGAUGCCUGCUUUCUGCAGCAUAUGUGGACAGCCACAAAUGGGAAGCAAGAGAAAAAGAACAUUAUGACCUUGCUGAUCUUGCAUCUUUAAUGGAUAAAACAUAUGACAGAAAGUUGCCUGUUAGUUCUUUAACAGUAUCACGGUUUGUGGACAACAUUUCAUCUCGAGAAGAGGUGGACCAUGCAGAGUAUUACCUUUACAAGUUUCGACACAGUCCCAACUGCUGGCACCUGAGAGACUGGACUAUCCACACCUGGAUUAGGCAGUGUCUAAAAUAUGGUGCAGAAGACAAAGCCUUAUAUACCAUAGUAAAUAAGGUUCAAUAUGGAAUUUUUCCAGAUAACUUUACAUUCAAUUUACUGAUGGAUUCUUUCAUAAAAAAAGAAAACUUCAAAGAUGCUUUAUCUGUGGUUUUUGAGAUCAUGAUGCAAGAAGCCUUUGAAGUACCUUCUACCCAACUUCUGGCCCUCUAUGUUUUAUACCAGUGCCUGGCAAAGAAGACAGACUUCAGUUGGGAAGAGGAGAAGAAUUUUGGUGCAUCCCUAUUACUUCCAGGCCUUAAACAGAAGAACUCAGUGGGUUUGAGUUCCCAGUUAUAUGGCUGUGCACUUCUUGGGAAGGUGGAAUUGCAGCAAGGGCUACGGGCUGUGUACCACAACAUGCCUCUGAUAUGGAAACCAGGCUACCUUGACAGAGCCCUUCAAGUAAUGGAGAAAGUGGUCUCCUCCCCAGAAGACACAAAGCUAUGUAGAGAAGUGCUCGAUGUGCUGGAUGUAGUGCUGAAGGCUGUGACUUCUCUGGCCGACGGGGCUUCUGAGGAACAGUCCCAAGAAGGUGAAGACAACCAGGAGUCAGAAAGACUGGUGGAGCAGUUAGACACAGAGGAAACAGAACAGUCCAAGCUUCCCCAAUACUUGGAACGGUUUAAGGCCUUACAUUCUAAGCUUCAGGCUCUGGGCAAAGUUGAGUCAGAAAGCCUUUUGACUCUGACCACCCAGCUUGUCAAGGAAAAGAUGCCCACCUGUGAAGCAGAGGACAUCACCGCCUACGAGCAGAAACUGCAGCAGUGGCAUCUGGAGCGGGUACAGUUGAUUCAGAGAGAACAGGAGCAGAAGGCGAGAGCGAAACAGGAGCACCAGGCUCGGAGAGCAGCAAAGGCAGCUGCCUAACUGGGCCCCCAGGACCACAAGAGCCUCUCCAGACCCUGUGGGACUCUGCAGUGGCCGUGACACCAGUCUCAGUUUCCACCAUCCGUUGUCUCCUUUUGUUGAAGUAGGCCACAUUGUUCUACACAUCAAGGCCCUGUGACUGCCCGUCCAGAUGCCAAGGAGGGCUGUGAAGCUAUGGAAGUGGCAAGUGGUCAGAAAGAAGCCACCAGCUAAUGACCUUGAAAGGGGCUCUUAAGGCUUAUGGUUGAGUUCCAGGAGCACAGAGAUCAAUUCUGAGCAUUGAAAGUUCCCAACACCUAAAGCAGGUGGAGGAAGAACCUAUGGCUGAAGAGUCAGGUCUCAGGCAUGGGCUUUAAAUGGUCUCCCUCUUCCCAGCCCAGGCCCAUCAGGCCAAGGUCCCUGCACGUCCUGAGACCUUGUGCCCAAGUCUGCUCUGGUGCAUGUGUCACUGAAUCAGCUGUGGGUGCUCACACAUCCUCACUUGCUCCUUUCCACCGUUCCUCGCCCUUCCAGACCUGCACUGGGAGAGGUUCAGGACAGGAGUGAAUUCAAGAUCAUGAACCUACUGGAUCUCAAAUUUCAGGCACUCAGGGCCGGCCUGUGGUUCACUUGGGAGAGCAUGGUGCUGACAACACCAAGUCAAGGGUUAAGAUCCUGUUACUGGUCAUCUUUAAAAAAAAAAAAAUUUUUUUUUCAGGCACCCACAGUGACAUUGUUAGAAAGUAAGGGCAUUUGAGGAAAAAACUAGCACUAGCUGUUUGAGGAAAAAACUAGCCCUCCUUGGCUUGGCUUCUUCAUCAUGUUGGGGUAACUUUUUUUCCCAAGCAUUGUCUCAGCUCCUUUAUCAAGUAGAUAAAGUGAGCCUUUUGUGUACACACACACAUGCAAAAUCUCAUGCAAUUUGUGAACACACAUUUUAGUAAAUGAAGCUGGAGAAAACAAAGAAGGGAUAGGCCUUGAAGUGCAUAGGACAUGUGAAUAAUUAUAAAAUUGUCAAGAAAUGAAAAAUUUCUUAUUGGAGUUUCUCCUAUGUGAAAGGGUCAGGGGGCAGCUUCGCUUGCUAUGUAAUCUUGCCUUUAAGUACAAUGGUGUAUUUUUAUUCAGGACUGUGCUCUUUUAUCAAGAACUUGUGGAAAUAAAUGUUCUGGGAUUA